AUUGGCGUAUGGUUUUGUUUUCUUCAACACGAAUGUUUUAAUUUAAAUUUUAAUCUAAAGGAGAUGAUCAAAUGCAGAUGGAGUUAAAGAAAUCUAACAGGUGACUUGUGAGUCAGGUGAUGUCCUGCAUGUGCGCCCCUCAUGCGCGCAGCUUCCUAAUCCUCAGCGUGGUGGAUAAAUAAUCAAAUUAUAGCCAUAGUAAUUGACAAGCAGGUGGUUUCCCUCAGCAAGAGUCAAAAUCCAUCUCUUCCCGGUUCUGUUAUUGCGCUGAGAGGGGUACAGGCGAUAUUUAUAACCCUUUUGAUUUCCAUAGGGCCAAUUAUCAACAACGCUGCAGUGCUGUGAAAGUGGGGGCCACACAUCCAUUCCACAUGCAUGCAUGUAAUUCGUGUGUUAUCACCAGGCGCAUAAUGCCCCAUCCACCUCCCCCUCCCGAAAAAAAACACAUCUUACACUGGAGCUCUAUUUAAAAGGCAGAGAAUAGAUGGGAAUCUUUGACAAUGGCGUGCUGGACACAGUUGAGUGAGCAUCUCCCCUCUCUCACUAUGAACCCCCGGAUCCACUGCUGCACAGCACAAUGCCCCUCUUUCACCCCCCGCCUUUACUCCUGUACCACGUGGAGAAAUGGAUAAAAGCAAGAGAGAGAGAAAAGUGGGAGGAGGUGGUGGUGGCGGAGGAGGGGGUGCCAUAUUUAAGUAGGUGUCUCACAUUAUACAUAUAGACCCUCCACUCGCAGCUGCACAAGAAAUCUGGGUGUUAUUUGAUUUCAGGGGAAGUAACUGCCACCCAGAGGGCUUACAGUCCAGACAAGCUUGUGAAGAUCACUUGAAAAAUAAAGAAAAUUAUGCUGGAUGUUAAGUCAAAUUCCAUAUUGUUUUUAAAGUCAAACCCUUUGUUCAAGUAAAAGUGGCAACACACAGAGCAGAAAUUAAAAAAGAAAAAAAAAAGCAUAUGAGUAUGACCAGAAAAUGCACUUAUCUUUCAAACAGUAUUCCCAACAUAUCUACAAUAGUUAACCAACAGAAACAACCACAAAAUGGUGGUUUAAUUCAACAGUGCGUGCUCGCUUGAGUCUCAACGGCUUGCAUGGCCUUUAUGCAUUACAGUUGCUUUUGUAUUAUUUUUUGGAGGACUUUUUCUAACUUACAUUAAAAUGAAUGCAUACAAACCUAUUGAGUAUUUUUUUAAUCCAUAUCAUGUGCAAUAUUUAAUUAUCAUGAGCAAUAUUACUUUGGAAUUAUUACAACAACAUAUCUGCCUUUUCAUAUAUUUAUUUACUUUCUUGUUCCAGGUUCAUUUUUGCUUCCUUGUUUUUGCUGUAUUUAUUGUAGUGGUUUCCAUUUUUUUAGGCAUUGCUGUCAGCUUAUAGGGUGCUUUUCUUGCUUUGUUUUUUGUAAUUUUAUUAAUUUUUUUGGCCAAUAUCUGGCACAGUGGUCCUGCACAUCUCUCAGAUCAAUUAUGUUUCCACAUAUUAUGUUUAUUCUUUAAAAAAAAUCCGUUAUUUUUGCCAUUGUUAUUGAGUGAGUUGCAAUUAGCCAAUCAGAUUACACAAGUAAUUUAGUAUCACCGGAUACCACCUGCAGAGCCAAGAGCUAACUGGUAAGUCCUGUUUGUUUACCAUUGAAAUAAGCGUUUUUACCGAUUUAAUUAUCACAUAAAAGUCACUCAGUUCAGAUAGAGUUCAGCAAAAAAUACAGUUGUUAUCGUGAGAGGUGUUUAUUUAAACCAGGAACCGAAGGAAAGGGCAUUGACAUGACGGUCAAACUAGCUUAGCUUGAAGAAAGUUUACCCGAGCUAGCCAGCUAGUGCUUGCAUGCUAGGGCCAUCUAAUGGCCAGUAAUGUCGGUUGCUAAAUUUCGAGUUACGUUUCUUUUAACAAAUAAACUGGAGGUGUUGAACUAUAGUUUAUUUCAUUUUCUUUGAAGCAGACUAGAAGUAAUUAGAAAUAAACUUGAAGAAAACUCUAAAACCUGUAGAGGAGUUAUUAGGAGCCACAGUCCAAUCAACAGUAUAACUCUACAUACUGUACUAAUGCGAGCUGCCAGUGAACACAGGAGGGCUGUUGGUUGAAGGAAUUAAACAGUGUACAACACCUAACAGAGGUGGUGUCAGGAUCUUUAAACAUUCAGAACUUAACCAAGCCCAGAAAUCUUUACAUUUUAACUUGUUUCAAAUGUGAGACGUGACAAAGUAAAGUUAUCCCACUUUCACCCUAUGCUAGCCAAUGAUCUACAUGCCGCCGUGAGUGCAGAAUAACUAGACAAGUAGUUCUUAAACUGUGUGUCUUGGGAUUAGUCUUACUUGUGGUGACUUACAGAGUUAGAAUUAUAUGUACAGGUGUGCCUUGGCAAUGCUUGCUUGUGACAAAAACGUUUGUGAACCACUGAGUUGGACCAGAUGCCAACCUUUAGCUCCACUUAUCUGGAGAUAGGUAUUUUUUAAGUUGAGUAUUAUUACUAAUAUUGAUUGUUAAUAGCAAAUUUGAUCAAAUAAUGAUUUUGACAACCAAUCCUAGUCUUGAUAUUCCUGGAAAAAUGAUGCAAGAGAAAAGCUUUACACAUUUUUGUCACAUAUCACAGUACCAAAGCUUGAUAACUAAUAAUAAUCAGACCAAACUGGUUUCUGUGAAAUCGUGGGAAAAAACACAAAAUGUACUGUCUUACUUUAGAGGGCUUUAAUGCAUACGAGGAAAGAUAGAUGCAUGGAUCUUGGAAAAAGAUAUUAUUACAACAUUGUAUUAUUCCUUUUUUUUUAAAGGUAUGGUGAUCCAGUGCUAUUCUUAAAGCAGCAACAUCACUGGCACCAAAUGAAAACAUAAGGAUCCAGUGAGCCUUGGAAAUCUUUAAAGGGUCAGGCAAAUAACUCCCCAAAAUUCUAAAGCUGAAGACUUACAUUUUGUACACCUAAAAUACAGCCACAAACUCAUCAGAUUUUACGACGCAAUGCCUUGAAUCAUGAAAUGCACCUGAAAUUUGAUGGUUAAGCUGCUCCAAGUUAAAUGUACAGUAUAGCUGUACACUGUGCGUGAUUUAAAGCUUUUCCAUCACUGACCAGUUGCUGUACUCUUCACAGUAAUGACCAUGUCUCUCUGCGAUGACACACUCCUGUGUAAUUUCCCAAAGUGUCGGACCAAGUUGAGCGGAUUCGCCUGGGUCACUGCAUGUUCUCAUGUUUUCUGUGAUCAGCACGGAUCCGGUGAGUUCACCCGGUCCCCCGCCAUCUGCCCGGCCUGCUCCUCUGCGCUGUCUGGGAAGCUGGACAUUGUGAGGACAGAGCUGUCACCCUCGGAGGAGUACAAAGCCAUGGUGCUGGCAGGUCUGCGACCAGACAUAGUUCUGGAUAUCAGUGCUCGGGCUCUGGCCUUCUGGGGCUAUCAGGUCCAUCAGGAGCAUAUGUAUCAAGAGUACAGCCUGUCACGGGCCGACACGCAGCUGAAACAGAUGGAGAAGCUGUUGACCCAGCAGAACCAGAGCAGAGAACUGGAGCUCAAUGCCAUGAGGGGGGAAAUUGCCUCCUUGAAGAAGGUGAUGGAGGAGUAUAAGAGGAAGUACAGUGAGGUGUCUGAGCGGCUGAUGGAGAGGAACAGACAGUACCAGAAGCUCCAGGGGCUGUACGACUCUCUGAGGCUGCGUAACAUGGCGGUGGGUGCAGGGGAAGUCGACACAGCGCCACAACCUGGAUAUCAAGACUUCAACAAAGGAGUGGCUCGACAUGCGACUCCCCAGAGAAGCCCUCAGUCCUUCUCCCUCGGCCCUGAUAGGGACAGCCGAUUCUUCUCCUGCCUGGAGGCCGACGGAGCCAAACCUUUUUUCCAGUUCAGCUCCCCUGCCAGGGAUAAAGGCCGACCCUUCAUCAGUAAUCACUGAGAAGAACAGGUUUCAUUAACUCAUACGGUUGGUUUAUUAUCCAUCUAGUUGCAGGUGUUUGCCUAAAGUGCAUUUUUGUUGCGGUUAUUAUAACUUUUCAUGUGUUUUGAACAGUUCUGUAUUGAUUUUAGUUGUCUCUGUACAUUUAGGUUAUAGUAAAAUACAAAAUCUUCUGCCUUUUCACAGAGCACGUCUGACAGGCUAUUUUGUCAUUUAGAUAUGUUCCAAUACAAAUAUUACCUUAACUUACAGUAUGCCAGAAGUUAAGAUUUGGUGAGAUUACUUCAUUUGUUCUUUGAUUUUAAUAUAAAUAUGUAUUCUUCAGAUAUGUAGUGUGGAGACAGACACUACAUGAUGGCACUGAAACAUGUUGGUGUUUAUUGCCACGUUAGAUUUUGCAUUAAAAAAACCAAACAUUUCCUUUGCCGGGGUAAUCCAUAUAUGCUACUGAACCACUACGGUGAGAUGAUCUGUCAUGCACACAGUUUUAAAAAUUGGAUUUGUGGUGUUGCUCUGAACAGUAACCUGUUGAUUUGUUACACUGAAGUAAUGUGGAUUAAACUGAGCUAUUUAUUG